CAACACUAGUCCCACUUGCCGAGUAGUGCAAAAACGCGCGUAAAAUGUCUGAGGAGGAAUUAGAAGUUAAAAUAGAAAAAGAUGAAGAAAAGCAUCAAACGGAGGAAAAUGUCAAUAAAAUUACAUCCUUAAAGUCUUUGGGUCCCUUCAUAUCGGCCCGUGAAAACAGUAAAAAUACAAUUUAUGUCAGCGAUGUCCCUGACAUUUGCAAAGAGCAGCCCUGUAUGCUAGGAGUUGAUGAGGCCGGUCGUGGUCCAGUCCUGGGCCCCAUGGUCUACGGCAUCUCAUACUGUCCAUUGGAAAGCAAGCAGGCUUUAAUUGAUCUCGGUUGCGCCGAUUCCAAGCAGCUGACCGAGGAGAAGCGCGACAUUAUAUUCAAUGAGUUGAACACUCUGGACUAUGCCACCGAAUGCAUUGGCUGGGCUGUUGAAAUCAUUUCUCCGAAUGUCAUUAGUUCAAGCAUGUAUCGCCGCUCAAAGUGUUCCCUCAACGAGGUGUCCAUGGACUCGGCUAUGGGCCUUAUUCAACAGGCUAUUGACGCCGGUGUCCAAAUAGCCGAAGUCUAUGUAGAUACAGUGGGACCGCCGGAAAAGUAUCAGGAGAAAUUGUUGCGAAGAUUUCCCAAUUUUAAAAUAACAGUGGCCAAAAAAGCCGAUUCGACAUAUCCAAUUGUUUCUGCAGCCAGUAUCUGUGCCAAGGUUACUCGUGAUCAUGCCCUAAAAGUUUGGAAAUUUCCAGAAGGGCUGGUGAUAAAGGACAAUGCUUUUGGCAGUGGUUAUCCCGGUGAUCCUGUGACAAAACGUUUUCUUGUCGAAAAUAUUGAUUUGGUAUUUGGAUUUCCGCGUCUCGUAAGGUUCAGUUGGUCCACAGCUGAGAAUGCCCUGGUGGAUAAGGCCUAUGAAAUGGAGUUCGAUGAACCAGACUCGGAGAAACCCAAAUACGCUGGAGCCAAACUUACCAAAUUCUUUAACAAAACUACGAAAUCUGGCGAGAUAAAACGAGAGGAGUGUCGUUUUCUCAGUCAACGCCAUUUGGGUAGUGUAACCGAUUUUUAAAAAUUUCAUUGUAUUUUAUAUUUUUAGACUAAGAAAUGUGGAAAAUAAAGUUUUAUUUAUGUAUUCUCAAA